AUGAAUCCAGUAUCGCCUUCGGCACGGUUUGUGGGCGGCGGCGGCAGGGCCUCCGGUCAGUCAAGUGUCGCACAGUCACCGCUAGUUCCUCACGAACCGUUGAUGGGCCCACGUCUGCCCGCCACUAGUUCGCCUCUGCCAAUCGAGACGGGCCUACGCUCAAUAGCACCUCUCACUGGUUCUCAGCCUCCUACGCUGACCUCGCUGCAUUCUACAACGAGUCUGCAUUCCAGGAGAACUAGUGCCGGCCCUGGACCUCUCACCCACCCGAAAUCCCAAGAAACGAGUCCUAGCACGUCUCAUUCAGCUUUCAGUUCCUAUGGCCGUGCAUCUCCAGCAGUGCAGAAUGUCUCCCUCGCUCAAAGCACCCCAUCAUAUCCUACGGCGCCUCUAUAUCUGACCAUGGACCCUCUGGCCCGACCCAUCCCCGCAAUGAAGGACCCGAGACACCAACCCGAAGUUCCCACACGAGCUGGAACACCACAGGGCACGCCCCUCCCAGUGGGAAUGAUACCAUGCGUACUAGACAUGCGAUCCGGCUCUUCCAGCCAAGCGGAAAAGCGGAAAGCCAACAGCGACGCCUCACGACGGUUCCGCAACCGCAAGCGCAACGAGAUGCAACUCGAGCAGCGGCUCGCCGCGCAGCAGGACGAGAUUCAGCGCAAUGUGGAAACGGUCCGUCGCCAGAGCGAAGAGAUCCUCUCCCUCGUCCAACAACGAGACCACUACCGCUCCGAACGCGACUAUUACCGGGACCAGCUCGGCCGCACAAUGUCCCUGAGCACCGUACCCCCCAGACCGGCUUCUCCACACUCCACCCAACCUGCCCUUCUUCCUACAUCCGAACUGGGCACCGCGACAUCUUGGUCGGGCGCCGAUGCGGCCCGAUCCGCUUCAGGCACACAGCCAACCUCAGCGGGUGGGCCUCCACAGGGAAGAACGCUCGACUCGGUCCAGUCCCAACCUCCUUGGCCUGCAAGUCCGCCUUAUUCCUCAACCCCUAUUGCGCCUGCCCGACGGGCGGUUGCUGGCCCACCUCCCGGGUCGCCGUCGGUCGCUGGGGUUCCGUUGCCUCCCCUGCAGGGAUCGUGGUCACGUCCUUAA